ACCACAACUUGAAUCACAACGAUCAUGGCGUGUGCCAUUGUAUUGAAUGCUCCGCCGUAAUCGUGCACUCCAACUAGUCCCAAUGAGGCAGCCUUGCCGCAAUAUCUUCAACUCGUCCAAAGAAAAAGUUGUCGGCCCCGAACGGACAGCGACAUUGGAUUAUUCCUCACCGCCGAUUGACACUGAUAGGACGUGUGCGUUGGACACCAGGGACCUUUACUAGAUACUGUCCAAAAUGCGGUCGUUACCAAACAUCCUCAUCGCCGGAACCCCCGGGGUGGGCAAGACGACGACCUGCACCCAAUUGCUCAAUUUGGCCUCGCAGUCCGAUCCGCCGAUCAACCUCAAACACCUCUCCAUCAACGACAUAGUGAAAGAACGAGAAUGCCACACAGGACACGACGAAGAACUGCAGACAUUGAUCGUCGACGAGGACAAACUCAUGGACGAGGUCGAGAAAGAGAUUGCCGACGGCGAAGGCGAGGGCGGGUGGGUCAUUGACUGGCAUUCGACCGAAGGGUUUGCCGUGAGGUGGAUUGACCUGGUUGUGGUCUUGAGAUGUGGCGAGACAAGUGUGCUGUAUGACCGGCUCUCGUCGCGAGGCUACAAGGACGAAAAGGUGCAGGAGAACAUGGAUGCCGAGAUUUUCGGCGUGGUCAGCGAAGAGGCCAAAGAGGGCUGGGGAGAAGAGGAGGACGGGCGAGUAGUCGAGUUGAAGAGUGUCGAAGCCGAUGAUAUUGAAGAGAAUGCCGAGCGCAUCCUCCAAUGGGUCAAGAACUGGAUCAGCGACCACGCGCAGAAAAGAAAUGGAGAGUGAAGCGAGCGUACUACGAUGGAAUUGCAGCCGUGAUCCGAGAUCUUUCUAUUGUCUAUGGACUUCAAUUGCGCCAUCCAUGGGCCCUGCCAUCCAGGGCCCCCUUUUCAGGGCUCUGGCUCUCCUCCAGCAAGCCAGGAUUUCAACUUCGCCAGGGCCUUGCCUCGGUGCGAUAUCCGGUUCUAGCGGGACGGUCAGCAGACGUUGAUGAGCACCCAGCGGAAGAGCCACUACGGCAGGAAGGAAAUACGGCGCUGGCCUGAACAAGCUCCUCUAGGGCCCCUUACCUUCUCGGCUUUGUCCAUCUCGGCAUAUGUCGUGCCCUCAUACUCGAAGACCGCGUCCCAAUCUAGGAGAUCCUCCGUGUUAGCGCCGGUCAUUGCACUAGGGGCAUCGGGGUUCAAGUUGUGAUACGAUCCCAAUCCGUUGUUACGGAGAAACCAAACCGAAUCAUGGCUGGUAAGGAGGAGUCAUCACGACUUGGGUGGGGCGGAGUGGCGCUGGUCAGGGAGGGGGAAGGCUGGAAGGAAUGGAAAGAAGCCCAGUGCGGAGACAUACCAAAGAGACCAGGUCCCCUGGCCGGCACUAUCUUGCCUUGAGUUCGUCCCUGGAACAAGAUAGGUUCGUGGCCCGGCCCGGCGCAGUAAGCAAAGGUGCAGACUGCAAAGGCCGUCUUGUCCUCAUAUGCUGCGAGCAUGUUGUUCAGACCUUCGUGUCCAACCGCUUGAAGGAAAUAUUUGCUAGAGAAUGAGAGAUGUGGUCAGCGAUCUUGACAAGAGAUGAAAUGUUGAACUUGAAUGUCCAAACAUGAUUCCAGUAGGACCAAUCAACGGGAGAAACGUUGGCGGCAGUGACCGAAGAAAGCGCCAUGGCAUCCCAAGAACCAGGACAAUAUCUUUUCAUCUGGUCAGACCCGUCAGCCUGUAGUAGAGUCCUGCCAGUGAUAUAUAUCAAGCCAAGGACCUUGAGUCUGGCCCUGACCCCAGCCGGCACGGCAUGGUUGUCGUUACGAUCUCGGAGCCGGUAGUAGUAGUACCAGUAGUCCGAUCCUGAGUCUGAGCCUUCAAACCCGCAUUUAUCCUUUGACCAGUCCAGUCCAGUCCUCGAAGCCCUCAAUACCACGAGGGGGCUCUUGAACUCAACGCCAAAUCAAUUCAAAACAAACCAAACUCACAUAUACGGCCCCGGCAACCCAUUAUACGCCGCGAACUCCAACGCCGUGUCCUCCGUCAAGACGGGCCCUCCCACGACCGCCG